GCGGCCGCCGAGGGGCCACCUUCCUGCCGGCGCGGCUCCUCCUCCGGCCGGGCAAGAUGGUGGCGGAGGCCGUGCGGGGAGAGCCGUGAGCCGUAGCCGGUGCCCGCUCCCGCACCUCCCUCCCUGCCGCUUCAUCCGCUAGUGCUGCUGCUUCCGCCCCCACCCCCCCCCUCCGCCCGCCCGGCGGGUCCGCCCGGGGCGGCGGGCGAUGCGGUCGGCGGGGCUGCGGGGCUGUGUGUGAGCUCGCCGCCCAUGUGGGUGUCCCGGUGAGGCCGGGGGGGGCAGCGGGAAGAUGCUGCUGUCGCUGGUGCUGCACACCUAUUCCAUGCGCUACGUGCUGCCCGCCGCCGUCAUGAUGGGCACGGCGCCCACCUACGUGCUGGCCUGGGGCGCCUGGCGCCUGCUCUCCGCGGUGCUGCCAGCACGCUUCUACCGCGAGGUGGACGAUCGCCUCUACACCAUCUACCAGAGCAUGGUGCUCUUCUUCUUCGAGAACUACACGGGCGUGCAGGUAAUAAUCUAUGGGGAUUUGCCAAAAAAUAAAGAAAAUGUAAUAUAUUUAUCAAAUCAUCAGUGUACAGUUGAUUGGAUUAUUGCGGACAUGCUGGCAAUUAGGCAGAAUGCUCUCGGGCAUGUCCGGUACGUCUUGAAAGACGGGUUAAAAUGGCUUCCGCUGUAUGGGUGGUAUUUUUCACAGCAUGGAGGAGUCUAUGUAAAAAGAAGUGCCAAAUUCAAUGAAAAAGAAAUGCGAGAGAAGUUGCGGGCCCAGAUGAAAGCUGAGACUCCGAUGUAUUUAGUGAUUUUUCCAGAGGGGACUCGUUACAAUCCAGAAAUACCAAAAGUCAUUGCAGAUAGUCAAUCAUUUGCUGAAAAGGAAGGACUUGCUAUAUUAAAGCAUGUGCUAACACCACGUGUGAAAGCAACUCAUGUAGCCAUUGACACAAUGAAGGACUAUCUGGAUGCAGUGUAUGAUGUGACUGUAGCUUAUGAAGGUACUGUGGACCACAAAGGGCAAAGAAAACUGGCACCAUCUAUGACAGAGUUUCUUUGCAAGGAAUGCCCAAGAGUUCAUAUUUUCAUUGAUCGAAUUGAGCUGAAGGACAUUCCAGAAGAGCAGAUGUAUAUGAGAAGGUGGCUUCAUGAACGUUUUGAAAUAAAGGAUAAGUUACUAAUAGAGUUUUAUGAUGCGAAGGAUUCUAAAAGAAGAAAUAAGUUUCCUGGAAAAAGUGUUCAUUCCAGACUAAGCCUCAAGAAAACUUUGCCAUCUUUGCUGUUUUUAGGUGGCCUGACUGCUAGUAUGCUUCUGACAGAAUCUGGAAGGAAACUUUAUGUAAAAACAUGGAUAUAUGGGACUUUAAUUGGCUGCCUGUGGGUUAGCAUUAAACCAUAAGCAGAUGUUAGUCUCCAAUCAGUGAAAUGUGCAGUCCUUUCUUGCACAUUGCACCAAACUUUUUCCUGACUUUAUAGUAAAAAAGUGUAAAUAAAGCCUUAUUGAUCGAACAUUGGAUAUGAUAGAAUUCGCGACUUAAGCCUCCGUGUGGUUGGUCUGGGGAAAAUAAAUGUAGAUUUUCAAAUUUGCUACUGAUUUUUGCUGAAAUAAUGACAGAUAAACCAAGUCAUAUGAUAAAUUGCUUUCCCCAUGAACUAACAUCCAUCUCUAUCUGCAGAUUUGAUGAAGUAUGAGUUAUGCAUAAGGGUGUCUUAAGUGGACCUGUGAAUGUAUUUACAGAGAUUAAUUUAGGGUAUAUAUUUAUUCUUCUGAUAUUCAUGUUGAUUUUUCGUUACUCUUUGGUGCAUUGCAGCAGCUCAGUUGCAUCUAUCCCAGCUGUAUCGCAACUAAAAUCAAAACUUUUUUAAUUUUGCUUUUCAGUUUUAGCUAAAUACCGUGGUUUUUUAAAGGGAUUAUGUAAGCUGGCAAAUCACAAGACGUUACCUGAAGUAGAAUAAAACGUUCCUGAGAACUGCUGUUCAUGGGGAAGAAGCUCUGUUUAUCUAGUGCAUGAUUUUUUUAUUAUACUGCAGUAUUAGCUGAUUAUUUUAAAUACGCAAAACAUUAAAUUUAACUGAGCAAACAGCUUAUUUUGCGCACCCUGUAUUUGUGCACAAAAGGAAUGUAUGCAGUAUAAUGAAAUGUUAAGUUUUUGUUUCUGGCCUAACCAGACUGUAGCCUACCUUGUGUCUGCGUUAUCCCUAGCGCCUCGAGAGUUUCAGCUGAGCUCACAGACCUUUCGUGUGUACGUGCCAUAAGCAGAAGUUUCCUGUUACCUCACAACUUUCUGGAAGCAAACUCUGACAUUUGGGUAAUGCGCAGAAUUACUGCAACUUCAGGAGCGUAAGGGUAUGGUAACGAGGAACCUUCAGAUGUUCCUAAGUCCGAAGUGUGUGCCUUUUCCCACUGAUCUGAUUUAGCCUGAUGUUUCAUGAUCUGGCGGUCACCUCCGUGCUGUAAUAUCACACUAGAUUCUCAAGUCAUUCUAGGCGAUGCAGACUGCAGCUGAUUGAAGUUACAGGGUUGAUGUAUACGAUUUGCACAGUAGAGUAGUAGUGAAAGAAAUGCAUAUCCUAUCAGUAUUUCACCUGCUUGAAAAUAUACUUUAAACAGCAAAAUCGACAAACCCUUACUACCAGAAAGUGCGAUUCCCAUGGCUGGUAUUUUUGCUGGGGAAGCGCCAUUUCCUGAUGUCAAGGGAAUAGUCUGUAUGUAGAGCGAUGGGGUAGGAAAGAGGAUGAAAGAACUAGAAAAUAUUUUUGUAUCACACUUGCAAGCUUUAAAUGUGCAUCUCUUUUUAGCUUCAGUGCGAUUUGUCUUGCAUUAGAGUCCAUCAUGAGUUAAAUGUCUCUUAAAUUUAUAACUCAGUUUUUCAGAUUCUACCAUUGCCAGUUAAUUAAAGAUACUGUGUGUGGUUUUUUUUACAGAAUUUUAUAGACUCAUUACAGUUCCACCUUAAAAUCAUUCAGUACAACUUUCAGUUUGCAGUUCUGUGUCCUUCCAUAAUGGAUUUUGUCACUGGAGUUAUUUAUAUCAGUGAUUGAUUCAGGAUAUGUUGAUGAACCAUUUUAAAAACAAUGACUGGGAACAAUGUUGAAAAACAGUAUUGUUAUGAGGCUGUGAAACCAGAAAAAAAAAAAAAAAAAAAGCCAUUUUAUGUAACAGCCAAAUGUGCUCACAUAUAGUUCUUCCUAUUCUCAGCUGACAUUUCCAGUGGGUAUAACCGGAAAGCAGUGUUCCUAUGUUAGUGUGAUCUUCAAUCAUGGAAUGAAAUUUUACUCUGACAUGACUAAAUUUCUUUGUAACAGCUAAGAAUAACAUUUAAUUAUACAUCAAAAAUCAAUGCAAACUGCUUAAUCCAUUUGUAGAAAAAGAACUGCUAUUUUGGAGAGUCUAAUGGCCACGAAAUAUUGGAUCUCUCUUGCUGUUUAAGUACCAGAAAUAUAAUUGAUGCAGUGCAACGACAAAUGGGAUGUUUAUUUUGAACCUUAUUCUCUAUGUUAAUCUUAAUUAUUUUUUUUCUUGCCAUUAAUUUAUAAAGUUUUGAAACUGUAAUUUGCUGAUGUAUUUGGCGUUGGGAGUAUCUCAUGCUAUUUCUAAAUAUGCACUGAUAUUAACUUGAAAUAUUUCUCCAUUAAAAUAAGAAGAGCCAAUGCUCAUUCAACUUUUC